UUCAGUGUUUACAGGCGGAACCUUUGCUCAGCGGGACGGACACUUUAUUGUGACGGACUAACAUGGCCGCACUCAGAAGGGGCGCCGCCUACUUCUUCAGGAGUUCUGCUCGUGUCCUGUUCAACUGUAAAAAUACUGCGGUGCAUAAACCGAGGAAAUGGACAAAUGUUCUGUACACAGGUAUAGCAUCUUUAGCUGUCGGCGGCGGGCUGUGUGCUGUACCUUUCAAACAGGUUGAACAGCUCUCUCAUGACUCUCUGAUCAGACGAGCAGCAUCUCUGGUUACAGACAGUUCAAGCACUUUUCUCUCACAGGCCACCUUAGCUCUCAUAGAUGCCAUCACUGAUUAUUCAAAAGCCGUGCACACACUAGUUGCUCUGCAAAGACGAUACCUGACCUCACUGGGAAAACUGAGUGCAGCGGAAGAGGAUUCAAUCUGGCAGGUGAUCGUUGGCCAGCGGGCAGAGGUUAGUGACAGACAAGAUGAGUGCAAGCGUUUCGAGUCAACUUGGAUCAGCGCGGUCAAGAUGUGCGAGACGGCAGCGGAGGCAGCAUACACAUCAGGAGCCGAGCAUGCAUCCAUCACGAUGAAUACAAACAUUCAGGUGGCCCUUUCGCAGGUGGAGGAGGCACAGAAGCUGUCUGCGGACGCAGAAAAGAAGUUGACCGAGACAAAAGUAAUGGAGAUUGAAAGGAUGGCACAGCAUGCUGCCUCCGUACAGAAUAAUGAUGAGGAAGAGAUUCCUGAAGCUUAUCUGAGAGAAGACUAAAACAAACAUGCAGAUGUAUCAGAAAACAGAGGAGAGUAAAACAAAUAUUUUAUCAUUCCUACACUGUAUUUUUCCAUUUUGGGUCUAUAUAUUUAAUUUACAAUGUCUCAUUCAUCAUACAAUGUGCUCAAAGUGACUCUGAAUCAAACGAUCACAAACAUCCCACCAAUCAUCAGGUUUGUUUACUAAAGACUAUCAACUGCUGGUGCGGGACUGAGGAUUCUGUUUUCUCUCUACUGUUUAUUGUGUUGGGAUUUGGAUUUUUGUUGACAUGUUGUCAGAAAUAAUUGUAAUAAAGACAAAACACAGUAUAAAGACAUAAAAACGUUUGUCUUUUGUCUUUACAUGAUGCAGUGGCAUCAGAAAAUGUAAAGAUAGCAUUUCAUUUCAUGCUUACUAGAUGAAUAUUUUGUUUUCGUAAGUGAUGCGUCGAUCAGAUUCUGUGUUGUGAUGCAACUGUUUAUUUUUGUGACGCUGCAGACUCAAAAGCAUGUAAAAUAUUGAGCAAGUACAAAAAAAGUGACAGAAGCUACUUUAUAAACACCUUGAAACCAAGACACAACACACACAAUUGGCCAAAUAACAUUCAUUCAUUGUUAAUGUUAUGUAGUGUUAUGUUGUGUUAUGUUUUGUUGGUGCAAUUGAAUUUCCCGCUGACUGCCUCUCACCUGUUCCUUUGAGACCAUCAUCCAUAAAGGUAGUGUUGCUUUA